CGGAAAAAUGUUGCGUGGAGAUCCCUCUCAUGGUUGUGGCUACGGCUCUUUCCAGAGGCCGUUUCCGACCUGACGCCUUCGCUUUCGCAUCCGCCUUGGCCUUUGCUUUGGCCUUUGCUCCAGUGUGGCCAGGCAAUGUUUCUUGGCGCCCAUCCUCUUCUUCCUGGGCCGAGAAGGAACGACCUGUGUUGGCUCCGUACGGAGAGAUUCAAUCGGAGCAAAGCCUUUCUGGAACGCAGCACUUGCGCUGCAAAGGUGGUGGCAAAUCAAGCCAGCUCGUGGCUAAGACCAAUAACACGAAGGAAAGCUUUCAGCACCCUGGGAGCUGGCAUCGACGAGAAGAAGGCUUUCAAGCAGUGCUUCCUGAAGCCUCGGGCAGUGCCAUCUCAGCCUCGCCCUGGGCAGGUGACGGACCUUGGCAAGUGAAGUGAA